GAUGGAACUGAAUAUUGUACAGUGUCAAAUUCCGCAAGUUUAAGAGAAGCAAUUGUACAAAUGAUUUAUAAUCGUGAAGAUAAUACACCAUUAUUAUUUGCUUCUCCAGUUGUUCAUUUUGAUGAAACAAAAUUACCUUCAUUCUAUGGUGGUUGUAGACCGGAACAUUUACCGAAAGAUUUUCGUGAACGUGCAUCGAAAUUUGAAUUGAGCCAAGAGAUCAAUUAUAAUACAACGCCAGAAUUGCCAAUGAUCACUGAAUUAAUAUGUAGUGUAUGCAAUCAACAUAAAUGGCAUGGCGAUCGAUUCACUUGUGUUGUAUGUCCAAGAGUUGUAUUAUGUCCGCGGUGUUUUAAAAACAAUCAACAUUCCGAACAUCCAAUGUUAAUUACCAGAGAUAAUGCAGCAUUUCCAUGUCCUGUAUUACAAGCUGUGAAAAUUGUUGCUUCCGAUGUCACUGUAGAAGAUGUAACUGAUGAUGAUGAUGACGAAAAUGGCGAACAAUCCGAUUCAUCUGAGUUUAGAACAUCAUCCUCUUCGACGUCUACUACUACUACUACUGCGAAUGUUACUGCUACAGAUGAUAUUCAUAAAACAAUUGAUAGACUUCGUGAAAUGGGUUUUAAACAUAAAAAUAAUGAAUUAAUUGAAUUGAUCAAACGAGAAAGUGGUAAUUUACCAUUGAUUGUUGAAAAAUUAGCCAAUUAAAUAAUAAAAUGUUUGUUUGUUUGUUUGUUUUAAUUUGUUUUAAAUAUUUGUCCAUGUCAUUUUGUUUUGGUAGAAAUCAUUCAUUUAUUUUUAGUUUUUUUAUGAUUAGUUUUUAAACAAAAUCAAUGUAUAUAAUAGAUAGUAGUGACAAAUGAAAUUGCUUUAUUUAUUCUUCC